CCUGAUUCCACAUCUUCUGCGAUCCAAUACUUGCCGGCCAUACAGCUGUUGCUUGACCGGGCUCAUAGGCUUUGACGCCGCGACCAGGUGUCGACUCAAGGCAACUGGCCCCGCAUGCCCACGGUCUCUUCCCAUCUGCAAGGACAAUUGCUCUCAGCUUACGUAUAAAAUCUUGGCUUUCCCGAAAGUUCCGUCGCAUCGUUGUACAACGUCCUCCCCCGGACUUGACUGUCAGCUCGGUUCUCCUAGCAAGUAUCCACCCUAAUGGGUUUGUUCUUCUCCAAGGGAUAUGACCCCGUACGCGACCUCGGCGAUUUGACAGGCAAAGUGGUCGUAGUCACCGGAGGCAACACCGGUAUUGGACUACCAACUGUGAAAUUCCUCGCAAGAGCAGGCGCUAAAGUCUACCUUGCCGCUCGAAAUGAGGCGAAAGCAACGGCGGCCAUAGAGGGGUUGAAGAAAGAAGGGUUGGGAUCGAAGGGCGGGGAAGUGAUCUGGCUGAAGCUGGACCUGACGGACCCAACGCUGACGAAGGCCGCCGCGGAGGAGUUGCUGGCAAAGGAGAAGCGGCUGGAUAUCUUGAUCAACAACGCUGCUCUUACAAUCCACCCCUACGUGCAAACCAAGGCCGGCUAUCAGGAGAUUAUCAUGGCGAACCUUAUAGGACCGGUCAUCUUCACGCAGUACCUGUUGCCGCUGCUCGAGUCUACAGCACAAGAGCCCGGCGCAGACGUCCGCAUUGUUCAGCUCUCUUCAGACGGCCAUCGCAUGGUCUCGAACUGCAAAUACGCACCCGAGGACUUCAACGACGAAUUCAAGAGCUCCUUCAUGCCACAGAUGGCCCGCUAUGGUUAUUCCAAGAUCGCGUUCCUGCAUUACACCGCCGAACUGCAGAAACGGCUGACCGCCAAGGGCAUCCCCAUUAUAUGCCUAUCCGUACAUCCCGGGAUGGUUGAGACCCCGAACGGAAUCAAACAUUGGUCGAAAUGGCACCUCGCUUGGGUUCCGAAGGUCUUUGGCGCUUCUCCAGAUAAGGGAUGCCAUAACAGCUUGUUUGCGGCCACUGCGCCCGUCGUGCGCGCCGAGGCAGAGAAAUACAAGAAUUCCUACCUGACCCCGGUGGGAAAACUUGUGGAGCCGAGCAACGAAGCGCGGAAAGAGGACGCUAGGAUUCAGGUAUGGAACAGUCUGCAGACUGUCUGCAAAGACCUUGGUGUUCCACUACCAGACGUAUGAGGGAUUA